AAAAGUCAAUUUUUUUUUUUUUAAAAAAAUAAUUAAAGAAUAGAUAUUUUUUUAGGAGACUACACCUAAGCAUUAUUCUAUAUAUUAUUCAAAACCAUUUAAAGGGUUGAAUUUGUUGGGCGUCAAAUUUCCAAUCUAAAGCUGCUUGGAAAAUCUGAAGAAAGAUGAAGGCCAAUAUGGGAAGCUCAAUAAAAGCUCUUUUCGAAGAAGACGAUGAUAUUUCUUCUCAUUCACAUACCACUCAUAACUUUGAUCCAAAUGGAGGACAAGAACCAACCACUCCUCUACCAGCUCAAGGACCUCUUGUUAGCGACGAAUUGGGAUCGUCCCAUUACAGAUCUGUUGAUGCUAACUGCACUAGAUCAACACCGGACAAUAAAGCUCCGCAGGUGCCUGAUGCGGUUGUCGUUGAUGUAAGAGAUGAAGAAGAAGAGGAAGAGGAAGAGGAAGAGGAAGAGGAAGAGGAAGAGGAAGAGGAAGGGGAAGAGGAAGAAGAAGAGGAAGAGGAAGAUAUCAACAGAGAUUCCACGUCCAAGCCUUCCACGGAAGGCGAUACCGCAUCUUCAACACAAGAGAGCUCAGGCGAUAGUGUAGAUCCAAGCAAUAACAAUGGAGUAGAACCAGAAUCCAAUCCAAAUCCGUCGGCCAACAUUGAGCCUUUCGUUCUACGCAACGCAAGAAGGAAAUAUGAAUACGUUCCACUAAAGAUUGUGUUAUAUCAAGCUGCUUUAAAGGGUGAUUGGAAGACAGCCAAAACUAUAUUUCUGGCAGAUCGAUCAUCUAUCACUACGAGGAUAACUGAUGCAGAGGAUACUCCUCUUCAUAUUGCUGCUGCUGCAAAACAUAUUUCAUUCGUUGAAAAGUUGGUUAAACUUUCAUCUUCAUCUGACUUAGCUAUCAAAAAUGAAAAUGGAGAUACUGCCCUUGCUUUUGCUGCUGCAUCAGGAGUUGUCAAAAUCGCUGAAGUAAUGGUUAACAAGAAUCCUGAUCUUCCAAACCUUUAUAAUGAUUAUAAACCAUUCCCAGUUUUAAUGGCUGUAGCUUACAAACGCAAAGACAUGGCUUCCUUCCUCUUCUCCAAGACUAAAUUUGAAGAUCUAAAUAAGUAUGAACAAAUUGAACUUCUCAUUGCUACAGUCUCCAGUGAUUAUUAUGAUAUAGCGUUAGAUAUUCUGGCGAAGAAACCUGAAUUAGCAAAGGCACGGAUGGGCUUGAAAAAACCUGAGGGAGGUUGGAGGAGUGAUGAAAAUGGUGACACAGCCCUGCACGUACUAGCUAGAAAGGCAUCUGCAAUUGGUAGCAGCAGCGAGCUUUGCUUUUGGAAAAGAUAUAUGAAUUCUCGCUUAGGGUUUUACAAAACAGCUCUAAUGAAGACAUUAGCCCAUCGAACUGUUGAAAAUAUAUGGAAUACUGUUGUCCGAGAUCUUUCAAAACUUGACCUAUACAAGUUCAUAAAAACACCUUCAAGGUUAUUGCACGAUGCAGCAAGAGUUGGAAAUGCUGAGUUCUUGAUAAUACUCAUUAGCUCCUAUCCUGAUUUGCUAUGGAAAGUUGACGAGGACGACAAAAGCAUAUUUCAUAUCGCAGUUGAAAAUCGACAAGAAAGUGUGUUUAGUCUUAUAUAUGAAAUAGGAGGGCUGAGGGAUUUUCUUGCCAAUUAUCAUGAUAAAGAUAAAAACUCCAACAUGCUACACUUGGCUGGAAAGCUGGCAUCUCCAUAUCACUUGAGCAGAGUUUCAGGGGCAGCUCUACAAAUGCAAAGAGAGCUUUUGUGGUUCACGGAAGUGGAGAAAAUUGUCGUGUCCUCCCAUCUUCAAAUGAGAAGUCCAAUUUCAAAGCUUCCCCAAGUGGAGAUAGUAAAAAAUCCGAUUGAUAGCCUAACACCUCGUGAACUCUUUACAAAAGCAUACAAACAAGUACUAAAAGAUGGUGAUGAGUGGAUGAGAUGUGAUCCAGGUGCUAAAAUUGUAGUUUCUUCCCAUCUUCAAAUGAGACGUGAUCCAAUUCCAGAGCUUUCCACAAUGGAGAUAAUAAGAGACCCAGUUGAAAGCCUAACACCUCGUGAACGCUUCACAAAAGAGCACAAACAUCUACUAAAAGCCGGUGAGGAGUGGAUGAAAAACACGUCGAACUCAUGUAUGUUGGUGGCAACUCUAAUUGCCACGGUGGUUUUCGCGGCGGCGUUCACCGUUCCAGGAGGCAAUGAUGAUAAGGAUGGCAUUCCUAUCUUCCGACAGAGUCAGACAUUUACAGUGUUCGUAAUAUCAGAUGUUGCGGCUUUGGUAUUUUCUACAACUUCUAUACUCACAUUUUUGUCGAUUUUAACGUCUCGCUAUGCAGAAGAAGAUUUCAUGAUGUCGUUGCCAACCAAAUUAUUGUUCGGGUUAGUCACAUUGUUUCUUUCUAUAUCAUGCAUGUUGGCGGCUUUCUGCACGACUUUCUAUAUUGCAUAUGAUAAAGCAAAGAAUAAGAUUCCAUUGGCCAUUGCAAUCGUUUCAAUUCUUCCAGUUGGUUGUUUUUGUUUGUUUCACUCUAAACUCGUUGUGGAUAUAUUACGUUCAGCUUAUUGGUCUCAAUUUUCCUUGAGGAAACACAAGAAAAGACUAUUUUAGUUAAUUAUAUUGCACCAAUUGUAAACCCAGUUUUGCUUCUUUAGCAAUUAAACAUUUGUGGUAUUUGUUAAUGUUGCAAAAUUUUGAUGGAGAAAGUUCGAAAUGAAAUAGAAAUGAAGGGGAAAAAAAUUAGAUAUGAUGUGUGUGAAGAGAAAUUGAUUGGUUGGAAAAGUGGAAAAAGAAUAUAGGACAAAGAGCUUUUUUCUUUCCUUUUCUUUUUUGGAAACUGUAUUUGGUGGCAAAUUAAGAUUAGUGUAUGAACAUGACUCCAAACUUUCAAAUUUUGCAAGUAUGACAAAUCUUUCACUCUCUUAAAUCACGUUAGAACUAUAGAAGAUAUUUUGUACUCAUGAUUUCUCUUAUCGAAAAUUGCC